AUGUUUGCAAGUGAUGUUGAUGAAUGCCUGCAGCGAGCAUUUAUGGUUUUCGGCCUGAACCAAGUGCCUUUUUUGGCAGGGCUUGCUGCGACGCAGAAGCUACUUUUGGCAUCGGCCAUGGAGGUGGAGAAUUACAAGCCCGGAGAGCUUUUGACUGGAGAUGUGCAGUUUGCUUUGGUUUUUGAUGGCACCUUGCUGGUGCAUCGCAAUGAUGCCCUUGAAGAGGAGUUGGGCCACGGGGAGCGGUACAUCAACUCAACCUUGUUCUCACCACAGGACGAGGCAGAGCGGAUGUAUGAGGAGAGUGAGGAUGAAGCUCCUGAGGCAGCCAUCCAGCUUGUUGCCGGAGAGUUGGGCCUCACAGUGGGCACCCUUGCAGGUAAGCGUGCAGCACAGGCUUUCAAGGAGCUUGGCGUAUCACCAGUAUUGAGUGCCGAGGAGACCACAGACAUUGCCCUUGAGGUUCUGCAGGCGCACCGAGUGUCGGUGCUGCGGCAUUUGUCCUGCAAGCAGAUUGAGCGUUUGGUGAAGCAGUUAGUGCCUCGGGUCUACGUCCAUGACACCUUCAUUUUUGAGCAGGGGGAGAUUGGCACCGCUUUCUACAUUGUGGCCAGCGGGCAGGUUCAAGUGAUCAUUGAUGGCAAACCAGUUCGUACGCUGGCUAGGCAUGGACACUUUGGAGAACGUGCGCUGCUGUUCGAGGAGCCUCGUACAGCGACAGUUCGAGUUUUGAGCAGCGAGGCAGAGCUUUGGUGUUUGGAGAAGGCUGCCUUUGUGGAGGUUCUUACUGAGAACCUGCGUGAGGAAAUCAUGCGGCGGAUUGAAAUUCAGGACUCCAACGUUGAGCUUCAAGAUCUCACUCAUGUGAGAGUCAUUGGCAUCGGUGGUUUUGGUCAUGUGAGGCUUGUUGAAGACCGUGUCACUGGCUUGAGGUACGCACUCAAGCAGGUCAAGAAGGUCGAUGGCCAGGUGCCUCCGCAUGUUCGUGGUGAGUGUGAGCUUUUGGCUGAAAUGGACCACCCUUUCAUCCUGGACGUCAUGAACACGUACGAGACUUCUUCCAGCUUCUAUAUCCUGAUGGAGUAUAUCAUGGGUGGAACUUUGCGACACGUCAUCAAGGAAAUGCAGAAACCCUUUGAGCGCUCAGAAGCCAGAUUCUAUGUAGGGUCCCUGAUUCUGGUCUUGGAGGUCUUGCAUGACAGGAAUAUUGUGUACCGGGACCUGAAGCCGGAGAAUGUCAUGGUAGAUUCCAGAGGCUAUGUCAAGCUUAUUGACUUUGGAAUUGCCAAACGUUUGGAUGAGGAUGGCCGUACUUUCACAUGCAUUGGCAGCCCACACUACAUGGCCCCCGAGGCAAUUCUGAGCCGUCGAGAAGGAUAUGGCACGGAAGCAAGGAUCAUAGCAUCACUCCAUUCCCACAAUUUGCCUGUCAACUUCCCUGCUAAUUUCGAGGUUGACACCUGGGCAUUGGGUAUUUUGCUCUAUGAAUUAGUCUGUGGAUGUCAACCAUUCGGAGACGCUGUGAAGGAGAAGCAGGAAGUGUUUGAGGCUGUGCUGAAGCAGGCGCUGAUGUUUCCUGCAAGCUACAACGAUGAAUGUGGGAAAGACCUCCUGCAGGCCAUGCUUGACAAAAGCCCAGAAAACCGACUUGGAGCUGGUGUGUUUGGAUGGGAUGACAUCAAGGAGCAUGAGUACUUUGUCCACACCGACAAGGGAAACCUAUUUGAUGAUAUUGUUGAGCGUCUAUUGCUGCCACCUUAUCUACCUGCUGGCGAAUUUUCUUGCGAUGAAGUGCCCCAGGAAGUUAGCAUGAACAAGUGGAAAGCUGAAAAGACCAUUGCUCGCACACGCACGCGGCAGUUGAGGCUGUUGAAGAUAGUCAGCUUGCCAAUGGCAUCGCUUCGCUGGUUGAGUGCCCUCAGUGUAGCUGUUCAGGUGGCAGGUCAGCCACAAUCUUCGACCUGCUCAAACCCAACAUGUUCCAGCCCUCCCUGUGCAGCGCCACUCUUGGGUGAUGUGGGUUGCACUACCGUGUCGGGGACCGAGACGUACAACCAUGAGCUUUUGACAGUUGGUUCCACAAUUGCCAGCAAUGCCCAUAUCUAUGGUCCCUUUGAAGCUGGGUUCACAUCAAUGCAGAAGAGCAUCAUUGAGAAUUGGGGUUGCACAGAUGCUUCGGUGGCCUACGACUCCGAGGGUGGCACCGAUAUUGGAACUGCUGAAAGCAAAGUGUCAAAGGCUUGCAACAUUGAGCUACCUCGCAUUGAAGGCAACAACUACUACGGGGUGGUUGGCCCUUGUGGAGGUCACACAAACGACUACCACUUCCAUCGCGGCUUCACUUGCUUGUAUUCUGAAAGUGGUGCGCACUCCACCAAAGUGGGUGAAGUGGCCUCUCACAACAUGUAUGGAAAAUGGGAAGACUAUGAUAAUCAGAGGCUUCCUCUCUUGGAUGCUUGUGGAGGUCACAUUGGUCCCACUCCUGAAUCCAGUACUGCCGUGUACCAUUAUCAUGUGCAAGACCAGGCUCCUUUCACCGUUGGGUGUCAUGGACCCAGUUCCAGUGGGGGCCUUGUCAGCGUAGCGACAUGCCGUGCUUUGUACUCCGAUUGCGACAAUGACGGUGGCAGCGGCACCACGAUUGAGCUGAAAACAGGGACUGUGGCCUACGAUCGCUUUUGCCCUUGUUUUGAUGCCGCAGGGUCCAACAUGGGCACCAACAUUCAAGAGCUCCCGGCCUUGAGUUCCACUGAGAUCUACUACACUGUCAACAGCACCACCGACUCUUCCUCGGAUUCUACUUCAACGAUGCCAUCAGAUGCUGCGACGAAUCUGGAUCAAAAGAUCGAGGAAAUCGGGGUGAAGAUUCAGAAGGCAGAAGAGGAGGCCACUUCAGACUUGAAGAUCUUGAAUGCAAACUUGCUAGUUGGACCUGUGCGUUCUCUUGAGGCUGAGAUUACGGCACAAACCGUGCUGGCCAUGAAGAAGGCAACUGAGCAGCUCAAGGACCAACAGAAAAGGAUGGGAGUUGAAGAUGUCGACAAGCUCACUGAUGACAUGGCAGACAUCCAGGCUGAAAUGAAGGACAUCCAAGCUGCCCUGGCUGCUCCAUCAGCACUGGGUGCGACCGGUGAAGAUGAAGCAGAGGCAGAGCUGCAGGCGGAGCCGGAGCUGGAGCCAUUUGAGCCAUGUUCUUUUUUUGAGAACGCGUCAAGUUUCGCUCUUGAGACUCUUGCAAUUGGCUCAACGUGUCUUUUUUUCUGUUGA